UCUCGUGUGACAAUAUACCGAAGUCUCAUACAGAGAAUCGACUUCAGAUCGUCAGGAGGACAGCGCAUUUAAACCGCAAUGAAGCUAUUUCUCCUUUCCUGUUUGCUGUGCUGUGCCGUUGCGUUGCCGCCUCGGUACCCCGAGGGUAGGAUCGUGAACGGAGAGGACUCGAACCAAAGCCAGUGGCCGUGGCAGGCUUCUCUCAACUAUAACGGCAGUACCGGGACUUUCUCACAUAUAUGUGGGGGGUCCCUCAUCGCCCCAAACUGGGUCCUCACCGCAGCGCACUGUGUCGAGUUCGAUUCCAACCGCCAAAACUUUCGGAUUGUUCUUGGGGAGCACGUCCUGAGUUCGGACGACGCAACGGAGCAAACAGUGGACAUCGAGAAGAUCAUUUUGCACAGCCAAUAUGAUGGAUCUGCUAAUGGAAUACCAAACGACAUCGCCCUAAUCAAACUCGCGAAACCUGCUGACACUAGCAAUACCGGUAUAGGAGUUGUACAGCUACCGACAGACACCAACAGAGACUUCACCUCCUCAGACACCUGCUACAUCAGCGGGUGGGGCAAAACGAGCGCUGACAGUGGCCUGGCAGACGUUCUUCAGCACGUGCAGAUAAACGUCAUGAGUAACUUACUAUGUAAUAUUAACUGGUUGUUACAGUCGAUACUCUCAACUCACAUAUGUGUAGGCGGAGGAUCUGAGUCCGCGUGUAAUGGUGACUCCGGUGGCCCAUUGGUCUGUGUGAAGAGCAACGAGUAUAUACUGGCCGGGGUGACGUCAUGGGGAUCGUCUAAUUGCGAAAACAUGCCGAACGUCUACACGCGCGUGUCAGAGUAUCGCGGAUGGAUUGACGAAAAUAUGGCGGAAUGAGGUGCUGUACUGUCGACCGUCCUAUAGCUAAUUGACUAGCAUAGCUAUGUCUACAUAACAACCCCUAAAAAGUGAAUAAAAUUCU